AUGGCAAACUGCGGUGGAGGUUGGUUGCGGGGCGCGGGGCGCAUGGGUGCGGGGCGCAUGGGCGCGUGGCGCGCGCACGCGUACGGCGGGCGCGCCGAGCUGCGGCUGGAGGCGGCGCGCGUGCCCCCGCUGCGGGCCCCCGACCACGUGCUCGUGCGCGUGCGGGCGGCCUCACUCAAUCCACUCGAUGUCGCCAUGCUAGGUAUCGGUGUCGAGAGCGGCGUGAGCGGUGGUUACAGUGUGGAGGUGUUCGUCGAACGGGUACGGCGCUCGCGUGCUGAACACUCUCCGCAAGUUGGAGGGCGGCGAGGGCGGAGAGGGCGUCGAGUUCCCGCUGGUGCCCGGGCGCGACUUCGUGGGCGAGGUGGUGAGGGCGGGGCCCGCGGCCCGCGUGGCGCCGCGCGCGCGCGUGUGGGGCGUGGUGCCGCCGCACCGGCCCGGCGCGCACGCGCACUACGUCCUCGUCAAGGAUCGUUGGGUGAGACUCGCGACGCGACUGACGAUGGACGGGUCAACAAGACGAAAAAAAGACUCCCGGAUCUUUUCCGAUCUGUCAGCCGAGCGAUCGCCGGACUCAAGCUUCGACUCUUGCCGGACGCUAUUUCGUUCAAACGGCGACCGACCGAUAAGAAAUGAUGAAUAAUGGAUUCGAUCGCAGUGUUUUUGACUUCGUCCCUUAUCCGGAAAUGAAACGAAAUAUCGUCAUUUCGUCCGAGACGGUGUAUCCUUCGGUCGGAGAGUGGAACGGUCGCACCCCGGAUUUCUUCUCGAUCAUCCGGCGAAUUCGCCAGAACUGCCAGAAAAAGACACCGUUCGUUAAUCACGUGAGGUUCGAAAGGGGGUUCUUAAAAAAAUCACGAAAUAUCACAAGGGGGAGGGCGGUAUAGUGAUAUAUCAUGUGGAUUUAUUUUUCCUGAAAGGUUCAAGUUAAAAAUCAAGAUUUUUGUAGAUACUAUAAAUACACGAGAUUAUUUUAGUUUUAAACUUCACCAUGUAUUACCGAGGGGAGGGAGAGUUAUGAAAUGCCUAACGAACAACAUGUGAUUAAUGCACGGCUCCAAACGCGGGCGUCUCAUCACAGAGGACGAUGUUCAGAUAGGGCCUGCACCCGUCGCGCUGGACGACGCGCAGGCGGGCGGCGCGCUGUACGCGGCGCUGAGCGCGUGCGCGGUGCUGCGGGCGGCGGGCGUGCGCGGGGGCGGGCGCGGGGGCGGGGGCGGCGCGCGGGGGGCGCGCGUGCUGCUGCUGGGGCUGGGGGGCGUGGGCCACGCCGCGCUGCAGCUGCUGGUGGCCGACGGGGCGGAGGUGACAUUCGCAUAGUCUAUACUAUACAUGGGUGGGGUAUAAGAUCUUUUAAGACGGAUUCGAUGACGUUUUUAUCGAUUCACUGCAUAGAGUGAUUCGAGAGGAAGGUUCACGAGGACGAUACGAAGCCGCUUCAUUAAACUCGGACCCACUUCCGGUUUUGCGGCACGGGAUUCCGUGGUGGUGGGGUGCGCGGGGGAGCAGUGCGCGGGGGCGCGGGGCGCGGGCGCGGCCGUGGCGCUGGACCGGCGCGCCGCCGACUACGGGCGCGCGCUCGCGGACAACGGCCCGUACGAGGCGAUAGUGGACUGCGCGGGCCUGGGCGGGGACGAGGCGGGCGCGCGCGCGUGGCGGUUCGGGCGCUACGCGACGCUGUCGUCGCCGCUGCUGCGGCUGACGGACGCGCGCGGGCUGGCGGGGGGCGGGGCCGCCGCCGCCGCCGCGCUGCUGCGCCAGAGCGCCGCCGCCGCCCCCCGCGCCGCCCCCGCCGCCUGCCCGCCGCACGUGCGCUGGGCCUACUUCACGCCGAACGCUGCGGAUAUCGAGGAGCUCCGCCGACUCGCCGAACGCGGCCGGUUUAGCGUGCGGGUGGAGCGCGUGUUCCCGUGGUACGAGGCGGCGACGGCGUACGAGCGGGCGGCGGAGGGGGGCGCGCGCGGGAAACUCGUGCUCGACUUCACCGCCCCCGCCCUUGCCCCCGCCCCCGCCCCCGUCCCCGCCGCCGCUACAGACGCCUGA